UGGCCUUGAGUUAGUCAAUCAAAAUCAUAAUAACGUUACAGCUUCACAUGUUCAGUGUCGGUCGUUAAUAUAAGGAUUGAUUCUUAAUAAUGACUAGAAUUCGAACAUCUCUUGGAGUUUUAAGUCUUGGAUUUGGAUUGUUCACUGCAGAAGCUUUAUAUUCUGGAAACGAGCGCUUUUAUAAGGACUGGUUUUUACCCACCGCUCGUCUAUUAGUCCGUGAUGAUGAAAAUGCCCACAAUUUAACAGUUAACAUAGUGAGUUAUGGUUUUGUACCACAUAAACCCCGAAACUCAUUCCCCGAUAUCAAAUGUAAAGUUUUUGGACUUGAAUUCGAUCAUCCAGUACGAUUGACUGCAGGUUUUGAUAAAGAUGGAAAAGCAUUUAUGGGUCUUUUAAAUGCAGGAUUUUCAAAUGUUGAAGUCGGAACUGUCACUCCAAAUCCUCAGCCUGGAAACACACAUCCGCGUAUAUUCAGAUGGACCGAUAAUGAGGCGGUAAUUAAUCGAUGUGGGUUCAACAAUGAUGGACAUGAUGCAGUGUAUGAAAGGCUCAAAAAUCGUCCAUGGGAAGGUCGAGGUAUAGUUGGCGUCAAUUUAGGAUGUAAUAAAACAGGUACAGAUCCAACUGCUGAUUAUGUGGCAGGUGUUCGGAAGUUUGGCGAAGUAGCUGACUACUUAGUAAUCAAUGUAUCUAGUCCAAAUACCCCGGGACUACGCUCCUUACAGAACAAAGAAAAGCUACGUAAUCUCUUAUCCAAAGUUUUAUCAGCCAGGAAUCAAUUGUUGAAAAAAACACCUAUUCUGUUAAAAAUCUCACCGGAUGAAAAUGAUCAAAGUUUGAAAGAUAUAGUGGAAGUUGCAUUGGAUUCGAAGACUCGAAUAGAUGGUAUGAUUAUUUCAAACACAACACUUGCAACGUAUGAAGAAGCUGUAGCUUGCGGUGCUGCCCCUAUACCAGGAAACAAUGGACAGGAUGCAGUUGUCUAUGGUGGUUUAAGCGGUCGACCAUUGUUUCAAAAAUCAACAGAUUGCUUAAAGAAAGUCGCCGCAUUAACUAAAGGUGCUAUUCCUCUGAUUGGUGUUGGUGGUAUUAGUUGUGGUGAAGAUGCGCUGUCCAAAUUAAAUGCCGGUGCUAGUUUAGUGCAAUUGUACACAAGUUUUAUUUACCAAGGACCACCGGUUGCUCAUAAAAUUGCUAGAGAAAUUAAUGAAUUAAAAAUGACGCCAUCUUGAACUGUCGACUAAAAUAACUUGUUUUUUCUUUCUAGUAUAGAACCAUUUAAGUGCAACAUUUUAAUCAAAAUUACCUGUACAUAACAUUUUCGUAAGUGUAGUUUAUUUUGUAAACACUACUAGACUAAAAUUUCUUGUAAAAAAGAUGCGUGAAUUUUUUGUAAUGAAUUUCUCCCAUGUCCAACAGUUAUUUGAUUAUAAUCUGAUACUAGCAAUCCAUACACUUAGACGGUUGCACAGUAUUUCUUGAUUUUCAAUGGGCUUUACAGUCGAUGAAUGCUACUCCUUAAUACAAACUUAUCCUAUUGCUGC